GUGUGACAGGCAGGUUGUGGACCCAAAUGCACCACUUGGGAAACCGGUAUGACUCAAAAUAUCAGUUUAAGUGCUAUCAUUCACAAAAAAUACAGGAAAACCAGAUUAUACACAGGGCAGCGACUCAGAAUAUCAGUAAACUGUGGGAACAGAGAACAAGGAAACACAACCACGAGGGAUGACAUGACAAAAGACAAGGAGAGACCUAGACAAUAUUCUUACACUCACAAGAUAGCAAGAGGAAAGGGAGUGGGUGGGAGCACAGCUGAGGAUACUUAAUAUAAUGACUCAAAGGGAAGUAAAACAAAAGAAAAAGAGACAAAAAGACUGUUAAAGACAGAGAUUGAAGACACAGAAGUCAAGGAGUUAAAUAUAAACCAAACCAUUACCAUUAACAGAACUAGGAAUCAUGUCUGCAACAGGGAAUGGAUAUGUCAUUUAUAUGACCAUGAAACGGAAGACCAAGUUAAAGCCUCCUGAGCUCAUGACUGUUAACCUAGCCAUCUUUGAUUUUGGCAUAUCAGUGACAGGAAAGCCCUUUUUCAUUGUGUCUAGUUUAUCCCACCGCUGGCUGUUUGGCUGGGAGGGCUGUCGAUUCUAUGGCUGGGCAGGCUUCUUCUUUGGAUGUGGGAGCCUCAUCACAAUGACUGUGGUCAGCCUGGACCGGUAUCUCAAGAUUUGCCAUCUCCGAUAUGGCGCAUGGCUAAAACGCCACCACGCGUUCCUGUGCCUGGCCUUUGUAUGGGUGUAUGCAGCCUUCUGGGCCACAAUGCCCCUGGUGGGCUGGGGAAACUACGCCCCGGAGCCCUUUGGGACCUCUUGUACCCUGGACUGGUGGUUGGCACAAGCCUCAGUGUCUGGCCAGAGCUUCGUCAUGGCCAUUUUGUUCUUCUGUCUUAUACUCCCUGCAGGCAUCAUUGUCUUCUCUUAUGUUAUGAUCAUCUUCAAGGUCAAGUCAUCUGCUAAGGAAAUUUCACAUUAUGAUGCACGCAUCAAAAACAGCCACACCCUUGAAAUGAAACUCACAAAGGUGGCAAUGGUGAUCUGCACAGGCUUCUUGAUAGCUUGGAUCCCUUAUGCAGUGGUGUCAGUGGUGUCAGCAUUUGGUGAGCCAGACUCAGUGCCUAUCCCUGUGUCUGUUGUUCCUACGUUGCUGGCCAAAUCCUCCGCAAUGUACAAUCCCAUUAUCUACCAGCUUGUGGACCUGAAAAUCUCAGCCUCCUGUUUUAAGGCCAUGAAGAAACGAAGGCAUUUUAGAAAGUCAAGGUUCUAUGCCAUCUCUGGCUCAUUAAAAGACACACCACCAGCCAAAGAAGCCCACAUUGAGGUGUGAGACAAAUUAUGAGGCUACAUGACCUCUUCUUACCUCUUCUAUUUUGGACAGUUUGCCUUGUUCCCUGUCCUAUGUGCUCUACCAAUCACUCUCGCCAUUUUCUGUGACAUCAUGGACUGCAUACAUUUGUUCCCAAGUAUCACAGCUUGGUUUUGCAUCCACACUGGAUAUCCAUGUAACCCUCAGCUCCCAACUUCUUAGUUGGAAAACAUCUUUCCUAUGUGGUUUUCUUCCCAUGUGGUCACUUGAAUGGUGUUGUUUUACAUUGGCAGUUUGCAUGUGAUAAACCUACUCUUUCAGCUUUUUCCCCCUCAUUAUUACAGACACAUUGUUUGUCAAUGCUAUUAGCAAACAAUGCACAUCUUACUGUCUUACCAGCAUUUUUGCUACCAGCUCUUAGCCACUGUAAACCCAAAACUUAAGAUAUACCUUUUUUGGUGGAGAAAAAAAAGUAAACCUAUUACAAAUAUUUCAAAGGUUUAAUUUUAGCAUAUUUCAAAUGCUCAACUGCAAUUUAACACUGCAACAACCUUAGCACAUGUAAGCCAUGUGCCAGUGUGCCCUCAAGCUCAAAGUAUCUUUACUGUUGUCCUUCGUACUCUUACACAUGUGGCUUAUAUAUAUAAAUAUAUAUCAAAGUCAAAAGGCACUGGAUCACCUUAGUUUCUAUGUUUUCUUCAGCUUUUUACUACACAGAACCUGUUAUGUCACUUUGAUUCAUAAAAGUAGUUAAACUAACAUUGUUACUUUUAAAACAAAGCCAAUUUAUCUAAUUGUAGUGAAUUUUUGCUGAAACCAGUCAGUUAAAGUGAUAACACCUAAAGUUUUUUAGUUUUGUUUUUCAAUAUUAACUGUUGUGGUAAUGGGCACAGAAAUAAUAAUAGUUAAAUCAGGGACAAUUUUUUAUGUGUUCAUUGUUGGGUGUCUUUUUUUGCUAAUGCAAGAAAUAACAGGAUCCAUUAAAGAGUAAUGCUGAGAAUCAGAUUUAAAAAAAAAAAAAAUCUUGUGUAUGUGUUAUAAGUAUGAAACUAUAGCUCAGAGGCAAUUAGCUUAUCUUAGUAGAACAACGAGUAACAGUAACUACUACUACUUGUUUAAUCCAGGUACCAGUUGAUAAGUUAAAGGUGAUAAAUUAUUGUUUCUUGGGCAGUUGUGUACUAAAACCAAUUGUGACAUUUGUUAAAGAUGUAAGUUGAGAUUUCAGUUAGUCAGCUUUUGAUUUCUCUGUAGACUAGAUUUUAAACUUUUUGACUUUUCAUCUAGCCUUUUCUUCUUGACAGCAUUUUUUUGCACAUUUGUGUUAAGCUAAUUUUGUUUCUCAAUUGUAGCUUCAUACUUAUAGAUACACGAGAGUGACAACUCUCAGUUGACUGAGAAGACAUCUAAUUUAAGGAUCAUGUGAGACAGUGCUAUUGCUGGCAGUUAAUUGGCUAGCUAGCAAUUGCUUGCUAGCCAUUGCUACUUAUAUGCUAAUGGAAUUGCAUCCAAACAUUGGGAAGUCAUUUAUAUCUAACUCUGUGAGUUCUAAGUCAUUGUCAGUGAUGACCUUAGCCCUAACUAGGGAUGGGUAUUGAUAAGAUUUUCACGAUUCCGAUUCCAUUUUCGAUUCUGUUUAACGAUUCGAUUCUUUAUCGAUUCUCUUAUCGAUUCUUUUUAAAAAAGGAGAACACUAAGGUCGAUUAGCUGGACUGGAAUCGAUGAGGGAAUCGUUUGCGAAAAUGGCAAACAAUUCCAAGGAAUUGAAACAGUGGGAACCGGUUCUCAACAAGAACCAGGUUUCGAUACCCAUCCCUAGCCCUAACCCUGUGAUCUCAUAAUGUAUGAUUUUUUUUAAAUUUUUAUUUUAAAAAUAGUUCUUAAGUCUUGGCAGUGAGGGGGGAAAAAUUAUUUUUCAAAAAGAAAAACUUUUAGCAUUUCUCCAAAACGUAGAGUUAAUCUUUGGAUUAGAGUCAUUACUGAUUACAUUUGGGGCUGAAAUAGUUACGUAGAGCCACACUGUCUAUCCUGUUUGUGCUGUUUUAUGAUCUUUGAUGUUUUUUUCGUGUUUCUUCUUCUACGUGGUGAACCCUGCUAUUGCUCCUCUUCCGGCUACACUUCUCAACCAGUUGGCAUUCACCCUUUGCACAUGGUUAUCUGCAUCGAACAAUGUGUUGUUUUUAGGAGGACUACAUGCAAUCAUGUUUGUGUAUUCCUUCCCUUAGCAUAGCCAAAUACCUACCCAAAGAGAUAUAAACGCGGUACCAUGAAUCUCCCAUUAGGCCCCAGAUGGGGAAAAACUGUAUCUAUGUGUUUUUCAAAAAUUAUGACUAGAAGCAAGUUGCUAUCAGCAAUCUUCUCAACUUUGGUGUAUUUGGUUUAUUAUUUUAUGUUUCUAUACAUACUUGAGGUCUCUCAUUUAUGAAAAUGUUUAUGGAAUUUAUGUUUAAUGGUCACAUGUAUGUUUCAGGUUGAAAUAUAAGCAAUGGUUAGAAAUGUGCUUCACUUGUUUUAGCAUUUAUAGCUUACACAGCUUAACUCCACAAUAGCUACUUGGUUAUGGGGGAAGGAAUGAGACUGAAAUGGUUGAUUCUCCACUGGCAAACAGAGGAUCUCUUUGAUGCUCUGAACAUUCAACGGCAGAGUCACCUGGAAAUGAAAUAGAUGGAGUGGGUGGAAUCAGAUCUGCUUGCAUCAUUAGAGUAAAUCAUAUUUCACUGUGCUGGCAAACAAAGAUGGAGACAAAGUGGUUGAUAAAUUGAUAAUUGAUAAUAAGUCCUCAUAAUGAAAUGUUAAUUAUCUUUUGAGAUGGUCUGAGGUAUAAUUUCUGAUUAAAUAAAACUAAUCAUUAUGAUAAAUAGAUUAGCAAUAAUCUUCGAAUUAGUAAAGUCUUGGAUGAGAGUCAGGCAUACUUGAAGUCUGUAUCUUCAUAUUGAACAUUUGUUAAUUUUUUAGCAUGAAGAUUAUGGUCAUGGCUAAUGACCUUUACAUUUUUUGCAUUAAAAAAGUACUAUAGCAGUUUUGAAAAGGACUUGUCUUGGCUUAUUUAACAUUGACAUGUUACAAAAUGGCAUUUACUAUUUUGUUGUUUUUACCUUUAAUGUAUGACUUUAGGAGCUAAUUAUGUAUGUCUCCUAUUGUGGUUAAUGUAGCAGAUUCCUGAGCAAAGUAGCAAAAAAAAAAAAAAGGUUAUAGAUUAGUUGCUGGAUGCUGGAACCUCGUUUUGAGUUAUAGGUACCUUUUAGUUGUUAGGGCUUUAAUUUAAGAGAUCACCAAAAGUUGGAUUUUGGUAAAUUUUUUUUUGUUUGUUUAUUAAGGAUUUACACCUGGGACACCAUGGACACUAUGGGACACCAUGCAGAGACUCUGGCUUCUGCUGAAAACUUCAGCAGCCACUUUCUCUUCCAGUCUAGAAUUAAAUGCACAUAGUGUUUUUAGCGCUUGUUUCUUGCUUUGAGAAACUUACAUUCUUGGAUUCAAUUUCUGUGUUUCCUCUUUAGCCACAUAAAUGUUAUUUACCUCACAUUACAAGAUGUAAUGUGGGGUUUUCGUUUAUAGAACAGCUUAAACCACAAAGACAUGAUACUGAUCCAUGGUGUCCUUAAAGCUUCAUUUAUGAGUACAUAAUGGAAGUGCAUGAUAUCUUUAAAGGUACUGAUUAUAAAUGUAUGUUUUUUAAGAAGUUUUUAAAAUUUACUAAAGAGAUUUUAAAGAAAUUUAUUUUUACUCAAUAGAAUUUGAAGAAAUAAGCUGCUCUGACUUAAUGUUCAAAACAUCUGUGUAUUCUAUCAACGCAAUAGUCAAUCAUCUGAAGUUGAACUAGAGCUUGAUUAUAUUUCAGUGUAAAAGCCAAUUUUACCACAAGAUUUUGCAGUUUGUGUAGUGAGUCUAAGCAAAUUGUUAAGACAUAUUAUUUAAAAUGGGCUAGGAAAAGGCAAAACCCCUCGAUUAACUGGGAAAAGAGUUAAAAAGAAAAAGUUAAAAGAACAGCAGCACACGUCCAUUCGUUGUAAACAUUUUAGUCAGAAUUUGCAGAUGAUGGUUACAAAAAUGACCUUUAAAGGUGGUUAGUUUUUGUUCUGCUGCAUAACUUCACCCAUAACCAAUAUGCUGGUCACGUUUAGGAGCUGGUUAAAAAAAAAAAAAUCACAAGUUCAAUUAACCCUUGGUCAAAUUGUGUCACUUCAGGAAAGGAAAAAAUCCAUUUUAACAUGUAGUACUAAAUGUACAGCAGUUUUAUAAAUUAUGCAAAACUAAGCCAGUUUGUGUUUUACCAGGCAGAGAUGACUUUGACUGUAUAAGAAACUUCUGAAAGCACUGUAUUUUUUGUGUGUGUACGUGUUUACUGUUGUUCAACUGAAAUAUUUUACCCUUUUGUUUCACAAUAUUCAGUCCAGUGUUGUGCUCAACAAAAACACGCCAGUGUCAAUCACAGUUAGCUUUCUCUACAAGUCAUCUAAACAUGGCACAUGUAGAGCUAGAAAGCUGAAAACCAAUAAAUGAGGUUUACCACUCAGAGAAUGUACCUGUUUUAUUACUUAUCUUCUUUUUAUCAAGUCUUUAUAACUAGACCAUUUUUAAGUUCAGAACACAGAGAAAACUAGUAUAACUAAGCCAGUCGGCAACAAUUUUUCAGUUUGAUCAACCCAAUCCGGUCAAAUCCAAUCAAGGCGUUCUUUUAUAUGAUUAGAUGUAGGGGACUGCAUUGUAUUUUUGUAUUUUAAUGUAUUUUUAUAUUUUGCAUAACCAGCUGCACUUUACAAUAUAUAUUCUUGAUAAAAUCUUCACAGAGAUAUUCAAAAAGUGGUAUUUAUUGCAGGUUGUUGUAUUAGAUUACUUUUGGUUCUCCUUUGUUCUCAGUUUCCUUGGUAUGUUUUUAGCUCCCUGCUUGCAUCUAUAAGUGCUUGCUGAAGUAUUUAUGAAUUAUUUGACUUACAGUGUACAUAUUAUUUUGGCUUAAAUUUAUUUAAAUAAUUUUGAGAAAACUGUUUUAUUUCUUCAUUCCUCUUUUUGUGUUUUAAAAGAUGUUGGGAUUUCAGUCGUGUCUGCAUGGGUGAGUUUUCUUUAAGAGUCAGGAAUAAUCCAGCUGAUGAUUAUGCACAGAUAAAAAUUCGAACACAGGUUGUAAUCUGGUUGCCCUCAGUUCAUGUGUAAAAUCUUUCGCAUCCAUUACUAAGUUUACAAAUGAAUUAUUUGAAAUCCUGAAUGCUGGGAAUGGAGCCUGGCCUGUCGGAUAAUGGUGACUGUAUUGGUGUCUUGUUUGGCUUAGAGAUGAAUCUCAGGUAUUGGCUGUUAGUUGUUUUAGUGUUUUGCUAGACUUUUCAGAAUGGGGUCAAAAUGUGUAAAUUGUAUUGCAGAAAGAACAGGGAAUUUGAAACACUUAAAUGUUUGUAAUGCAGUUUAUUGGCAUACAGUAAUUAUAUAGAUGUAAUGUGGUUUUGAGCAAGUAACAGAACUAAAACUACAUAAAAAAAAGUCAAAACAACAUUAAAUCAAUUGAUGGAUGAAAAACGGCUAUCAGUAUUACUACUACUACUAAUAACGAUAAUACCAGAGCAAAAUAUUUAGAAAUUGAGAUAUUUUUGGCAGUAAUGAGACACCAUUCAUAAGGCACAUGUGGUUAUUUUGUUUGCUUGGUUUGACUCCCUUCAAAACUCUACAAUGGGAAAGAUUACCUUUAUCUUAUGCCAAUGUCAGUAGAAUUUGUAGGUUUACUAUAUUCAUAUUUAGUCUAACUUAAAUUUAAAGCCCACCUUAAAUUAUUUUUAUUUCUUUUAUUUUUCUGUCUCAAAUUGUAAUUCUAAUGAUUAAUUUCGAAAACUCUUUAAGGGGUCAGUCACACAGACCUACAGUAUAGAUCAUUUGGCAACCAUAUGGCAACCUGGGGUUCAGAAGUAGAUUUCACAGUGACAGUAAGCAACCUCUUGCAACUGGUUGGCAAAUACAAAUAUUUCUCUUGUGCAGUUUCAAACCGGUCUCUAGGUCUGUGUGACUGAGGGUUAAAGUCUAAUACAAACACUGUAUGCACAUGACACUGUGUCCUCCAAAGAAAAUCAAACGUGAUAUAAAAUGUUGCUUUUAUAUACAUUUCUAUGUCUUGUCAAAAGGCUCACAUAUAGUGCCCAAAAAGUUGAUUCUGUUGAUCUGAACAUAGUAUUUGUUAUCAUCAGUGGGAGAAAUGUUUCAGUCAUUGUGCAAAUGUACUGUUUAUAAGUUUGGGGAAA